GCAAAGAAUAACAGUAAAGUUUCGAAAAUUCAUAAAAUUGAAACAACGAUAAACUCGUGCACUGGUGAGAUUUACGAUUUCCUUUCAGAAAUAUCAGAAGUUAAACGAAAUGAAAUGAGCGGUGGUGUGGGAGCGCGGCCAUGGCUUGCCGGUUGACCAUUCGGCUUAUUGUGAUAAUCGCAGUAGCCAACGUAGCAUUAUCUCUGGUAGAGAAAUUAGAAAACAAGACGACCGAGCAGAAGAUGCAGACGGUGCAGGCGCGGCGGCAGCGGUUGAAGACCAAGAAACCUGCGUCCACCUCCUCCUCAGGAUCUCGACAAUAUUCCGGCGAACUAUCUGCGGAGAGCAUGGACCUCACGGAGUCGGGUGAUGCGAGCGACCUGUUUGCGAUAAAGAAAGAUAGCUUUACCGAUGCUGAGAAACAUGGCUGGAAGAAGUACCACCGCGAAUGUCAUAUAUGUACUGAAGACAUGAUAAAGAAGUGGCGCGACCCGUCUAUUCAGUGGAUCUGUGGCGCGUACCAGCGCGCGCGCAGGACCUUCAAGAGCGCCUGCAUGAUGUACUACAGGAACUGUCAGGACGGCACCAUGUUUGUUGAGAUCCACAAAGGCAAAUGUAAAGACGACCUGCCGGGCGAUCCGCGGCCGCACGGGGACCACUUUUUCUACGAGUACCGCGUCGUGUUAACAGAGGAGAGCGGCACCAGCCUCUCUUCGGUCGAGCCCGACGACACCUACUGACAUCAUGUCAUGCUUGCUUUAUGAAAUAAAAACCAUAUUUGUUGUUGUAUUGAUUGUUAAAUUCUUUCUGGUUUGAACUCUAGUCAUUGACUUACGUAUAUAUGAAUUCUUACAAG